AUGGAGAACGGGUGUGACGACGAGGCUACAAACAAUCUCAGACCUGCAAAGAGGUUGAAGACGAUCACAACGCCCCGAUUGAGCAAUGGAGACACCGGAGAACAGACCACGCUCGUUCGAAGACAUCCACUCGGCGUCAGACCAUCUGGGAAUGCUCUCACUUCGAAUGUCAACUCAAAAGCAUCGGCCGGGUCGUUGGCCAGACUCCCCGACGAGCUUCUCAUGCACAUCCUCGAGACCCUCGAAGCUCCUGACCUCCUUAGACUCGGAGGUGCAUGUAGAAUGCUCCAUGCCUUCACCAGAAACGACGAGCUAUGGAGAACGCUGUUUGUAGAGUCUGCUCCGCUUUCUUUCACCUGGCAGGGGACAUGGCGGUCGACGUAUCUCUCCCAGCCGAUCGUUCGGGAGCCGAAAGUCGACUGUUCAAAUCUGUUCUCCGACGUCCUACACCGUCCCUUCUACUGCGCCCAUGUACCUCUAUCACAUUUUGCGCAAGACAUUCCCGGACAGAACGCCAUCUCCCGCAUGCAGACAAUGUCUGUUGAGGAUUUCACGGCAAAGUGGUACAGCAAGCCUUUCGUCCUGACUUCCCUCGUAAAGACUUGGCCACUCUACGAUUCUUGGACUAUGGAAUAUCUCCUGGAUAAAUACUCGGACGUUCGGUUUCGAGCAGAAUCAGUUGAUUGGCCAUUGCAGACCUACGCCGAUUACAUGAACAACAACCGCGACGAGUCGCCCUUAUAUCUCUUUGACCGCGCGUUCGCCGAGAAGAUGAGACUGAACACGGCCGGGACUGAUUCUGACUACUCCCCACCGGCUUGCUUCGGUGACGAUGCCUUUUCCGUCCUCGGUGCUCAGCGACCGGAUCAUCGCUGGCUCAUCGUCGGCCCUUCGAGAAGCGGGAGCACCUUUCACAAAGACCCCAACGCCACGAGCGCCUGGAACGCCGUCAUCAGGGGCAGCAAAUACUGGAUCAUGUUCCCAUCAUCGUCGUCACUGCCGCCACCACCUGGCGUAUUCGUAUCCGAAGAUCAAAGCGAAAUCACCAGUCCGCUGAGCAUCGCAGAAUGGCUGCUCGAGUACCACGCGGAAGCACGAGCCACUAGCGGAUGCAAAGAGGGUAUCUGCUACCAAGGCGAAGUGCUACACGUGCCUUCAGGCUGGUAUCACCUUGUUCUGAACUUAGAGCCCAGCAUUGCUCUUACUCAGAACUUUGUGCCCCGGGCCAGGGUUGGAGCCGUCUUGCAGUUCUUGAGAGACCAGAAGCAGUCAAUUUCGGGGUUCAGCGAUGAUAUCGAAGACCCUUAUACGCUUUUCGUGGAUCGACUGCGAGCUGCGGACCCCGGGCUGCUGGAACAUGGUCUAACUGAUCUCGAGCAGUUAGCUCAAGGAAGCAGAGGAAGGUGGGAGACCUUGACCAAGGGAUCUCAAACGGAUGAGGGCGAUGGUGGCUUUUCAUUUGGCUUUGGUGGCGGUGAUGACGACGAAGACGUUCCGUGA